UAAAAUUAUAUAUGUAUACUAUACAACAAAGAAAACAUUGUGUUAAACACCUUUUAGUGUAAAUAAUCACCUAGUUAAGAUAAAUGAUAAUUUGAUUGGUGGUUGUAUGUAAUUAAAAAUUGACCAUUUACAAUUUAAAGUGCAUACAUAAUCAUAUAAAUAGUAAUCUAAACAUAAUUUGAUUUAUCUUACUCAAUUAGUUAAAAAGAAAUAAUAAUUUGGAGUCAAUGUUCAAUUAUUUCAAACAUUUUACAAUUCAAAUAAUAUUACUUAUUUCAAUCUUAAUUAUACUAUAUAUAUUCAUUACAAAUAAACAAUUGAUGAAUGAAAAAAUAAUUAAUUAUGUUCAAUAUGAAAAAUCUACUAAUUUACAGUAUAAGUUAAUUAUUCCAGAAACAUGUAAAAGUAUUUGUAAAGAUAUAUCAAAAAUUUCUAAAAGUCAAUUAAAUCAUUCUUUGUUAUCAAAUGAAAAUAAUUUGAAAUUAUGGCCAAAUUUCAAUGCUAAUUUAACAACAUUAUAUAAUAUUACUUAUUUACAUUUAUUAGGUGGUUCAUGGAUUUACUUAAAAGAUAAUAAUAAUAAUAAUACUAAUAAUAAUAAUAAUAAUGGAACAUCACAAAUUAUAAUUGAUAAUUACUGUGAUAAUAUUACACAUUCUGGUAUAGCUAUUAUUAUUCCACAUAAAAAUCAAUUAAAACAACUUUAUAUUACUUUAUCCACAUUAAUACCAUUACUUCAAAGACAAUAUUUAUGUUAUCGUAUAUUUGUUAUUGAACAAAUUGAUAAUUAUGCUUUUAAUAAAGGUAAAUUAAUGAAUAUUGGCUUUAUUGAAGCAUUAAAACUUUUUCAAUUUCAAUGUAUUAUAUUUCAUGAUGUAAAUUUAGCACCAAUUAAUAAUUAUAUACCAUAUGAAUGUGAUAUAUUAACUAAGAAUACAAUGAUUCAUUUAAGUGUAGCCAUUAAUACAAAUCAUUUUAAAUUACCUUAUACAUCAUAUAUUGAUGGUGUAAUAAAAAUAUCUACACAGAAUUUUAUUACUCUUAAUGGUUUUACUAAUUUUUAUUGGGGAUCAAAUAUACAAUAUGCUAAUGAUUUUAUAAAACGUCUUAAAGCAGUUAAUAUACCCUAUGUACAUAUUGAUGACAAGAUUGGACGAUAUAUAUACAUUUCGAAUAGUCAACAAUACAAUACUCCAUUUCAUAAUAAUAAUAAUAAUAAUGAUCAUAUGACAAUAAAUGAAGCUUCAGAAAACCGAAGACAUUAUGAUGGAUUGAACAGUUUAGCCUAUCAUGUGGUAUCACGAAUAAAUAAACCAUUUUUUACACAGAUUUCAGUGGUAAUAGGACAAAAUCCAAUGUUUUAAUAAAACAACAAUUGAAAUUAUCUCAUAGUUAUAGUGUUUUUAUCAUAUUGAUCAAUUGUAUAUACUUUUGACUGUAUACAUCUUACUUAUUGCUGGAAAUUGAUUCUUCCUUAUGUUUCGAAAAAGUAUGUAAUAUUAUUAAUAUGAUAUAUAAUAUAAUAAUAAGAUAAUAAUCAGCAGAGAAAAAAUUGAUCGAUUUUAGUAUAUCUCAAUGGAGGUGUGCACAUCAGAAACAUAUAAAAAACUGCAGAUUGGUUUUGUUAUACUUCUACAUCAUGAGACUGGAUACCUGUAGAAGUUUGUUUUUUUGUUGAUCAGUAAGUACUUGAACAACAAACAAUAUGAUUUAUAUUGAAUAUUGAAUACAUCAUGUUUUGAUCUAUAAUCAUUUAUGCUCAGUUAUGUUUUUAAGUGACUAAUACUAAAAGUAAACUUAACAUUUGUAAGUGCGUGAAAUAUAAAGCUGUAGGAAAAAAAUAUGAACUGAAGGCUAUUUUCAUCAUGGACUGAUUUCAGUUGGGAGUGGACAGUUGCUUCGUCUUAGUAGGGACUACUCGGCAGGGAUCGAAAUAAGGACAUUUAGGUGCGUGUUAGAACAUUUUGCCAUUCAGCUAGUGUAUCUCAUUUCAAUAGUCCACAUUUGCCUACUUCUGUCAAUUUGCCAUACAGUGCAACUAUUGUAUACUGCCAUCAGCGGGGUUGUUAGUAUGCACUGGAAACUAGUCGUAUACUACGGUGAAACAGCUGUCCGAUGAACAAAGUUCUUCAAUAGUUCUCCAACCAAUUUCAGUCUGUGAUGAAAUCCAUUGUUCCCCCUCAAACUGUUAAACUAAAAGUAUAAUCAAUCGUCCAGUUUUAAGACAUAAACACUUUUAAGCACGUCACAUAUUCGUAUUUUAUAAACAAAUGAUUAGUUUUGCAAAAGUUAAAUAAAAUAUUAGUUUCCACCUUGUUAUAGCAAAUGUUAUAGCGAAUCAAAGGAGUGAAAAAAUGUAGCUAUGUCAGAUGGGUUUUAUCGGUCAUACUAUCCCGUUUACCUUAAAAGCCACUUUACUUAAGACUUAGUUUAUAGUACAGCUCAGUUCAUGAGCUUUUCAUUGACUCCUAACUCAAAGCCAUACAAUUCAUGAUUAUGAAAUAAUCUCAAGUUAAG